AUGUUUAAACAAUUAUUAACAGUUAUUUUUGUUUUGACUGUGAUCGUUAUGACAUCAACAGCAGAAUCUAUCGAGCUCUGUGGUGUAUGCGAAAAUAAAAAACUUCAAUCAUGUUCCUCUAAUGCUGGCUCAACAAAAUGUGUAACAAUACCUCUUCAAAAAUGCUUUACUUUCGAUGAUAUAUGUACAGGUGAACCAUAUGGAAAAGCAUACUAUAUUAAAUCGAUUGCAAGAGGUGAAGUCGAUGGUUUGGAAUAUCCAUCUGUUGCUACUUGUAAAGAUGAAGCAAUGGGUAUUUCCAUUACUCAAGAUUGUGAUACUUGUGCAUCCGGUACUACUCUAAAAUGUAACUCCGGUAAUUCUGCAUAUACCAUACAGAUAUUCUCAAUUGCUAUCAUUUCAACGCUAGCAAUAUUAUCAAUUUAA